AUGCGUGAGACUGCCAAGCAGCAGGGUGUUCGGCUGGUCGGGGAGCUGCAGCCAUGUGUGGGCUGUGUGGAGGCGAAAGGGAGGAGGGCCCCGGUGCCGCGGCGUGGGACACGCGCAGCGGUGCCGUUCGGCAAGGUCCACAUCGAUCUCACGGGCCCGUUCACCGAGGCGAUGGACGGCUCCCGGUACCUGAUCAUGUUCGUGGACAGCGCAUCGCGGUGGCAACGGGCGUACGGGAUGCGGGCGAAGAGCGACACCCUGAAGUACGUGCAGCGCUUCUUGGCCGACAUGAACAACAUGGGCACUCCGGGAUGUUUUCGCAUGGACAACGGCGGCGAGUUCACCGGCGCCGCUUUCAUCGAGUUCUGCGACGCCGCCGGCAUCCGGCGCGAGUACACCGCGCCGAACACCCCCAAACAAAACGCCGUCGCCGAGAGCGCCAUCUGGCGCCUAAACGGCGGCGAGUUCACCGGCGCCGUUUUCAUCGACUUCUGCGACGCCGCCGGCAUCCGGCGUGAGUACACCGCGCCCGACACCCCCAAACAAAACGCCGUCGCCGAGAGCGCCAUCUGGCGUGCGAUGAAGGGGGGCCACGCCGCGCGACGCCACAUCCUCUCCAUGGCCCACGUCGACCUCGCCUCCGUCCCCAACAUCGGCGCCAACGGACAACGCCUGUGGCUCUCGUCGGCGCUCUGGGCAUCCGGUUGUUUCAACCGCUCCGCGACGAAGGCCAAUCAGGGCUGGAUGUCGCCGUUCGAGGCCUUCUUCGGCAGACAUCCUGGAAUCGUGUGGUGA